AACCAGGAAGUGAGUGUCAUACGGGGAGGAAUCAUGGCGGUGCGCUGCGUCCUGCGGUCCGUAAGGACAGCUCUGAGCGAUCUCAGCAGCAAGGGUUUAUUUCAGAGGACACCGGGUUUCUCGCAGCCCUCCUUUCUUGGGAUCGCGCCUUGUCGCGGACUUAGACGAGUGGUGGAGAAGAAAGAUGGCAAAACAACCGUUAUAGAGGGUGUUAUAGAGCCUAUGGCUGAGCAACCACAGCCUCCCAACCCCACAGCUUCCUGUCCCAUCUACAGAUGGAACCUACAAAACAAGUACAACUACACCGACGUGCUGUUACUCAGUCAGUUCAUUCGCUUAGACGGCGGGAUGCUUCCUCGGCGCAUUACAGGCCUCUGUGCUCAGGAACAUACCAAGAUAGCAAUUUGUGUACAGAUGGCCCAUCGUGCUGGUCUCCUACCAGAUCAUAAACCCCCUUUACCCGAAGGCCGUGUACCAAAGCCUAAAUCCAACCCACCUCUCAACCGGUAUCUGACGCGUUACUCUGUGACAUCUGUGAAGCCCAUCUACAGGACUGGGCUAAAGUGGUGCAAGAAGAGAAUGAGUGUAGGACAUCCUGCCCUGAGAAACAACGUCAGAUACAGUCCCAAACCACUGUACAUAAAGCACUGAUGGACAAUCAAAACAGUGACUUUCAUGGGACUGAGAGGAUUGAUGACAAAGGAUUUGCACCUUUUUAAUGGUUUUCGCUUCCUCUGGCACAAAGAAACCAAGAGAGAACCAGUGUGCAUGAAACAUCAAGACGCUUCAAAAAUGUCACAUCUAGAGCUGUGUGUUCAAUCCUCCUUCCACCAUGUGAUUUAGACGAACGUUAAAUUACGUUAUCGCAAAUGCAGAUUUGCAAAUAAAACGUUUAACUCACUUGCA